CGGCGCCUUUCCCGCCUUUUCUCAUUGUGUUCGCGCGCGUGCAUUGCGUCCGCCGUGCCUUCCCGCGGACUUGUCAGGCUAUCUACUUUUUUUUACAAAGGUAGUGCGUAAAAUUCAUGACAAUUGAGGAAACGUUCAGAUUAUAGAGACCUGAACUUCAUAAUAACGUAUUUUGUGUAGAUUAAGAAUGGAUGUACCUGACGUGCAAGUGGGCCAACUCCGAGUUGUUGAUGAAGUUGGGGCCAGGUGUCAGAAACUAUUUCAGGACUUUUUGGAAGAGUUUAAAGAAGAAGGAACCCUCAAGUAUGUUGAGGCAGUGAAGGAUUGUGCAAGGCAUGAAAGAUCUUCUCUUGAAAUUAGCCUUGAAGAUGUAGAAAAAUAUAAUCAAAGCUUGAACAAAGUCAUAAUUGAAGAUUAUUACAGGUGA